AUGGCACCAGCACUCAUCCAGGAAGUGGAGGAUGACGAAACUACGUCACCAUCUAAGGAGCUGGAACUGACACCCGUAGAAGCCACUCUGCGGACUCUCCUCCUCGACGUGGCAAAGUACAUCGACGAAAACCCAAACUCGCCGGACCCAGAAAAUCAGGUCAAGCUUCCCCCCGAACUUGCGAACGAGAAGAUUGUCCUUCGCUUCACAGGCGGAUGGGUUCGUGACAAGCUGCUAGGCGUCCCUAGCCACGAUAUUGAUCUUGCCAUCAACAAAAUGACCGGCUACCAGUUCGGCCUUCGCCUCAAGGAGUAUCUGGAGAUUCCCGGCAACCCUGAGAAGUAUGGACUUGAAGGCGUGGCGACUACGGACAAGCAGAACCAGAAGGCUGGAAGCGCAGACAAGUCCAAGGUUGUAGGCGGGCUGCACAAGAUUGAGGCGAACCCGGAGAAGUCGAAGCACCUCGAGACUGUCACGACCAAGAUCAUGGGCCUGGAUAUUGACCUGGUAAACUUGAGGAAGGAGACCUACACUGACGAUUCGAGAAACCCUGCCAUGGAGUUUGGUACCCCCGAAGAGGAUGCACUGCGCCGAGAUGCCACCGUGAACGCCAUGUUUUAUAAUAUAAACACCACACAAAUCGAAGACUUCACUGGACGCGGACACGAUGACAUGAAGGCGAAAAUCAUCCGGACUCCGUUGGAGCCAUACCAGACGUUCAAAGACGAUCCAUUGAGAGUUCUAAGAUUGAUCCGCUUCGCAAGUCGGCUGGGCUACAAGAUCGAUGCGAAAGCACUGAAGGCGAUGCGUGACUCCGAAAUCAAGGACGCUUUACGCAGGAAGAUCAGCAGGGAAAGGGUUGGUAUCGAGCUGGAAAAGGCAUUGCGAGGGCCAGACCCGCACGAGGCCAUGCGGCUGAUCUACUCGCUUGAUCUGUACGACACCAUCUUCUCGGACCCUACUAUCGAGCCUGAAGACGCCUAUACGCCAGAAACCAGGGGAUGGCAAGCCGUCAUUGACUGUCUUCGCGAUACGCUCAAUGGCGAGUCGGUCAUGCCUGAGGUCUUGGUCAAAGAUAACGAGGAUCGCUUCCUGGCCUGGCAGAUCGCAGCAAUGGUACCUUACAAUGACGCUCCGCAACCCGAGCCUCCAGAGCCAGGGCGCAAGGCUCCACCUCCGAUUGCUGCGCAAGUAGCAAGAGAAGGUAUCAAGUCGACGAACAAGGUCUGCGAUAUCAUCGCCUCGUCUCUGCGUCAUCAGUCCGAGAUUUCCGAGGUCGUACAUCAGUGCUACCAGCAUAGGCGACGGCAGAUGCGGGACAUGGUGGACCAGAACUCAGCGGCGGCAGCGAGGGAUACACUGGGUAUGGCUAUCCGAGGAUGGGGCUCGAGCUGGAGAACCCAGGCGACCUACGCCAUGCUGGUCGAGGUGGCGCAGGAGACCAGCGAUGCUGAAGCGAUCGAGAAGAAAUACCAGACCUUCACGCUCCAUCUCCAACAGCUUGGCAUCCUCGAAGCCCACACCUUCAAGCCCCUUCUCGACGGCAAGGCUCUCGCCAAAGCGCUCAACACAUCGCCCGGCCCGUGGAUGAAAGAUGCUCUGGACGUCGUGAUGGCGUACCAACUACGCAACCCAGACACGGCCAGUUCAAAGGACGCGAUCGAAGAAGUUCAGCAGCAUCUGCAACACGAAAAGUCGAAGCAGAACGGAGGUGAGCUCUCCUCCUCCUUCCUUCACCAUUUCCUCAAGCUUACCAUCCGCCCGCUGUUCCUCAAGACCAAGCCGACUAGUGUGACGGAUACAGGGCGGAAGAACACCACUACCGUUCUGCCGAAGAAGAUGACGAAUGAGAGCUUCGAUGACUCUGUCACCCGGCCGUGGAAGAACGAUCCUUAUGCCCUAGAUCAGCUACGCUGGUGUGUAGCUGCUCUCGAUACCAAGGAGGUGGAAGGAGUCUGGCAUCUGCUGAUCCCGCCUCUCUUGACGCUGGUAGACGACUGGGAGGUGCGGUACAAGACCUUGGGCGUGAAGCUCGUGCAGCAAGUCUUGCUCGUGACACCGCCGGCUUUGCUCAAGAAGACAGGGCUGGGAGAGGUAUUCGAGGAGGCCCUGAUGCCUUGUCUCACUUACAUCCCAACUCUCACACCAGAAGAAGACUCCGUAAAAUUGCUGGGCGAAGCGUAUCCAGCUCUGCUCACACUGUCCCGCCUCCGCUUCCCCGAACCUGCGUCUACCGCUCCCGCGGCACCCACACCUCUCCCAUCGCAACCGCCCCACGACCUACGCACCAAAUCCCUCGACCGCCUCCUCCGCUCCGGGCCCCUCCACACCUUCUCUCUCUGCCCCGCCCCAACGUUCCCCCGCCUCGCCGCCCGCCUCUAUCGCCACACCUCCCUGAUACUCCGCGACCUCGGCAUCGAAAGCGUCAAGCAUCUGAAAUACGUCCUCCCCACCCUCACCGCCACGCUUACGCAUCCGCUCGCUGCGCCGGGGGAGGAGAGAUGGAGGGUUGUUAUGCUGGAGGCGCUAAGGUGUUUGAGAGUGGUGGUGCUGAUGGGGUGGGCUAGGAUGGGGGUGUGGAGGGGGGAGGUUUUGAGGGGCGUUACUGGGGCUUGGAUUCGGGUGGUUGACGUUGAGAGGAAAACUGGUGGGGGCGAGGAGGGACUGGAGGGGUUGAAGAAGGAGAUCAGGGAGGUGGUGGAGGUGUUGAGGUGUGCUGUGCUGGGGCAAGGUGUGGAGUGGGAGAGGGAGUGGGGGGUGCUUGUUGAGGUGGAGCCGAAGCUGAAGGGGUUGUUCGAGGGUAUGGGGGAUGAGGAAGGGCGUGCAGCUUAA